CAUGGUUUGUCCGCCGCUGCCCGGGUUGUUGCGCUUGCAUGCUGCUGUGAGUGACACAGAGGAGACUACAAACUCAACUGGUUUGACAAGUUAUUGAACAGGUAGAGGAAUAAACAGCAUGGUGGGAGGGGAGUGCAGGUCUGAGCUGGUGAGGGUGCGAUCCCUCUGUGACUGAGACAGACGGCUGGACUGAGGCAGACGAUCGGAGGGGGACAAAAAGAAGAAUGGCUCGAAAUGUUAACUUUGACCUGAACUACCCUCUCAUGGAAGCUGGACUGGAGAGUCCAAUAGAUGAAGAAGGGGUUCAUGACUCGUUCACCCAGCUGAUAGCAGAGCAGAGUCAGAAUGGAGGACAGCCCGACGCCAUCGAGCUGCAGCAGCUGCAGAGAGAACUGGAUGAGGAGGGUCGAGACGAUGUGGCCUACCUGUCGAGCCCGGGCCCUGAGUUUAGGGGGAAUUCGGGGACGAAGGAUGUGGAAUGGGAGGAAGAUGAAAGACAGGUAGACCCCCUCAUAGGUGAACGCUGGUCCUCGGCCACCUUGAGGGUCCUGUCCUCUAUGCCAAGUCGCACCAUCGGUCGCAGCAGAGGAGCAAUCAUCUCUCAGUACUACAACAGGACCAUGCAGCUCCGCAGACGCAGACAGAGCAGGCCCUCCAUCAAAGACUUCUCUCACUCUGCCAGACCGAGCAUACGAGGCUACGGCAUGGAGGCAGACAGCACAGAUGCUCAGGAUGCAGAGGCGAGUAAGAGGGAACGCUUGGUGAACAACCUGCAGAACCUGUCAGCGGGCGACAGAGAGAGAAUGCUCAAAGCGAUGCCUCUCAGUGUGAGAGAGAAGCACGAACUGAGGAGGCAAGCAUUACAAAAAGAGAAGCGCACACUUUCUGGCAGCAAAAUCCCCUGUUGCAGUCACCUCAAGUAUUACAUUAUCAUUGCUGUGAGGCAGAGUUGGUACAGCUGGCUGUCCUUCCUGCACUCCCUCCAGCUGUGGCAAGUAGCACUCAAGAGAGUGAGCGGUCGAUUCGGCUCUGGAGUCCUCUCAUACUUCCUCUUCCUCCAGACCCUGCUCUUCUUCAACCUCUUUCUGUUCCUUGUGACGGGUGCUUUCAUGGUGCUGCCUCAGGCGGUACUCCCUCCAAUUCAAGAAACAGGGAGCAACUCCUUCUCUGGGCUGGAGCUCCUAACUGGAGUGGGCUAUUUCUCAAACUCGGUGAUGUACUAUGGAUACUACUGUAACUACACACUGCGUGAUGAGUGCCAGGACGAUGUUGGUCUGAAGAAUUUAUCUGUGUUACAUGAAACCAGGCAGGACUGUAUGUCAAAGCAGCACUCUUACAACAUGCCGCUCGCUUACUUCUUCACCAUAGGAGUGGCUUUCUUCAUCACGUGCAUCAUCCUCGUAUACAGUAUGUCAAAGUCGUUUGGUCAGAGCUUCCGAAUCGAUAAAUCUCACAGUAUCUUGGCCAUAAAGGUCCUCUGCUCCUGGGACUUCAAGGUCAUAAAGAAAACCUCAGUGAAGCUCAUGUCUGAGAAUAUCUGCACCCAGCUCAAGGAGCUGCUAGCAGAGGUGAAUCAUAAGCAUGUCAAAAUCACUGUGCGUCAGAAGCUGAAGAGACUGGCAGUUCAUGGCCUGGCAUGGUCCAUCUGCAUUGCAAGCACUAUUUCCUGUGUGCUUGGUAUCUACUACUUCUCUGGUUUCAUGUACCAGAACCUCAAACAAAGCAGUCCCAUUAUGAACUCGUACAAGUACGAGGCCAGCCUGCUGGCUCUCCCUGUAGUCGUGUCCCUCAUCAACCUGUUCCUCCCUGGUCUUUUUGUCCUAGCAGCCUGGAUGGAGGACUAUGAGUCUCCGUCUGUACGCACAUAUGUCUCCAUUGGCAGAAACUUGAUGUUAAAAGUGAGUGUGCUCGGAGUCCUGUGCUACCAUUGGCUGGGUCGGGUGGCUUCUGACCCUCUAGGCAAUGGACUGGAGUGCUGGGAGAGUUUUGUUGGCCAGGAGCUUUAUCGUUUCCUGCUCAUGGACUUCAUCUUCACGCUGUUGGACACCUUGUUUGGAGAAUUUCUGUGGAGGUUGUUUUCUGAAAAGGUGCUGAAGCGGAGGAGGAGACCUGUGUUUGAUAUUGCCAGGAAUGUCCUUGACCUCAUCUAUGGACAGACGUUGGCCUGGUUGGGUGUUCUAUUCACCCCUCUCCUACCUGCAGUGCAGGUUCUCAAACUCUUGGUUCUCUUCUACAUAAAGAAGAGCAGCGUGAUGAUGAACUGUCAGGCACCCAGGAGGCCUUACAGAGUCAGCCAGAUGCACACAAUCUUCAUCACUCUCCUCUGCUUCCCCUCCUUCCUCGGAGCCUCUGUGUGUGUCACGUACACAAUGUGGAGUAUCACGCCCUCCUCCUCAUGCGGUCCGUUUCGUGGGCUCAAAACAAUGCUCCAGGCCGGGAAGCGCUUGGUGGAAGAACUGGAAAAAGAUAAUCCCAAUUUGUCCCCGCUGGUCUGGGUUCACUCCUACCUGGUGGAAAACCCUUUCUUCCUGUUUGUGGGGGCAGGCAUCUUUCUGAUAGUCAUCUACUUCCACAGUCAGGUGGUGGACGGUGAGAGGAAGAUCAUCAGCUUACUACAGGAGCAGAUAGAAAACGAGGGGGAGGAUAAAAAGUUUCUGAUCACUCGCCUGCAGUCCAUCCAUGAGCAAAGACGAACUCCCGCUCGAAGACUCACAAGUCAGGACUCUAACUAUUGAUAUUCGAGCCAUCGAGGUCUGGAAAAAUCUUGAACCAGCAAGGAUGUAACUGGAACAUCAUGGAAAGAAAAGCUGCAUGAAUGAGCAAAUUCAUGUUUUAUGGAUUUGGCAGACUUUUUUUUAAAGAUUUGUUUGGGCCAUUAUUGCCGAUGUUGGAUAGGACAGCUGAAGAGACAGGAAAUGAGAGGAGAGCCGGGGAUGACAUGCAGCAAAGGGCCGAGGUUGGACUCGAACCCAUGGUCGCUGAGACAAGGACUGUAGCCUCUGUACAUGGGGCGUGCAACAUAACCACUAGGCUACCAGUGCCCCCUGAUUUCAUAAUAGGCAAGGAUUUUAAAAGCUGCAGCGUUUGUGGAGAGGAGGCACUAAACAUGGAAAUGUCAGGUGAGAAAGUGGAUACCUGCUUUAUGCAUGAUGUUCGUAGAAGAGACGCCUGAAGGAAAGAUUUAGGAAGUUUAAAUGUUAUGGAGGGUAACACCUGAGGAAUCUAAAAGCUGAUGUUUUCUGUUAACAGAGAUUUCAUUCAGUCGUAGAAGCACUUUUAUAUCAACUGUGAACAAAUCGUUUUUUUUUAAAUGAGGUGCAAAAUAUGUCUGUAGUUUAUUUUAUUAUUUUUUAUGUUUUUAUUUCUUUUUAAAAUAAUUUUAUCAGUAUGUAUGUUGUAGGUCAACGUUGGAUGCUAUUGGUGUGAGUAUGAAGCUUUGAUUUCUGAGUUCUCUGUGAGCUCUUAAAGGGGACAGCGACCACUGUUGAACGUUGUUAUAAAUAAAACAUGUUUUAUCUUUUCA